CUCCCUCCUCUCUCUUCUCUCCUCCUUCCUUCUCCACUCUUCUGUUUCCUCCUCCUCCAUCCGUCCAUCAUCUCUCCAGCUGCCCGUCUGCACUCGACACCUCCCUCCCUCCCUCCUCUUUCUUUCCAUCCAUCUAUCUCUCUCUCCGGCAGACCAGCGGAGGAGAGAAGCUGAAACCGUAGCAGUGAUAAUAACCCGAUCAUCGUGCGUUCACACGCAGCAUCCUCAGCACUGCAGCGACAGGCAGCGGAUGGCUCGGCAAUCAGGCGCAGAGGAAUGAUAAUUAGGAAGAGAUUGACUCGGCAACAAGAGGAAAAGGAGGAAGGAGGAGGAGGAGGGCCUGCAGCAGAGAGACAAGCAGAGGAAUACACAGAGGAAGAGAGAGCAGAAGAAGAAGGGAUGGAUUGAUCACCAUUGGGAAAGAAAAACGGAGCAAGAGUGUGUUUUAUUUCAGAGAGAUAAUGGUGAUGAUGAUGACAGCGGCAGAGAGAGGGACAGAUCAAUAAUCCUCUUCGUCCCUCCAUCACCUCUGCAGAAACCUAAGAAUAUGGAUCUCCGUCCAGCAGGAUCAAACUGAAGCUGACUCCCAGAUGCCUCACUGCAUCAGGGAAGACAACAAACAUCUGACAUGACGUUGUCCCUAAGUGCAUCACUUCCUGUGACAGAGCACCGGCAGGACGCUGGACCGAGUCCUGCAGCUGAACCUACGCUCUCUGCUUCCACAACAAUCGCCAGGAGAUGAUCUUCCACGGACUUUACUUUUUCUUUCUGUGGAUCUUUGGGUUUAUUUCUCAAAGUCUGGUUGUUGACGGAAAGUGUCUGAGCUGACUUCUCAUCUUGUUUCCUGCUCAGAAAACUCUUCAUUUGGAGAAAUACCACAGCGGUUUAUAAUCUGACCCGGGAUUUUAUUUUGACGCACAUCAGGGUAACUGCUGGUUUGUACGCUCUCUGGAGUUCGUACACAGUCUACAGAUUGCUUUCCACUUGGAAAAACUCUUCACGCCAAUCUUUCAGUCGCUCGACAAUGAUAACGUAUGAUUUUUUUGACGCAGAGCGACAAAUAAAGUCUCUGUCAGCUGUGGUUUCCACAUCUGCUUCCUGGAAACAAAUGUGAUUUCCUGGAUGAAGUGCAAAGAGCGGAUACACCUGACUCACUGACAAACACAAAGACAAACUGUUUCCGUAGGCGUGCUCUCUGUGUUUGUUGUGUUUUAACACCGUGAUGGGUGUGACCCCCGACAGAAACUCCUGACUGACUGAACUGGGGGAUGCUCCACGACUUGAUGAAGCUCUCUGAUUGGAGCAAGCAAGGACGAGCGACAUCUUGAUCUUUACAUCAGAACUAGAAGAAGAAGAAGUCCUCUCCCCCCCACUUACCUCUGGUGGGGGGGAGGGUGAAGUGUAGUUUAGUUUUGAGGGUGCAGGGCUCCGGGCCAGGGGCGUAGUUGUUUAAACAUUUAGGUUUUAGAUUAGACGGUAGAGUUCGUAGAAGAGUCCAGUUUCUUCUCUGUUGUGUUGGGAUUAAGUUAAGAAAUAAGUAGUCAUAGUUUUGGUCCAGAUUCUUCUAUGUGUUGAGAUUUAGAAUAUUAAUGAUUAUAACUUUAUUUAUGAAGCAGCUUUAAAAGCAGAGUUUACAAGGUUUUUUGACGGACAAAGCAACAUAAAAGCACGAUAUCCAGAGGUCGAUAAAACAACAGAGAUAUAAACAUUAGCAAGACAGACUUUGGGCAUAGAAAACCAAGAAAGUAGUGGUAGUUUAGGUCCAUUUUCUUCUCUGUUGUUUUUAGAUUUAUACCCUGUUAAAUCCAACCCUUACUGAGUUAGCAUUUAGCUCUGCAUCAGAUGAAGUUGUGACUCAUUUCAUGCAGAAGUUUAGCGUUUAGCUUCAGUGUACAACCUGGAUCUAACAGCCGACAGCGUUUAGGCUCCUUCGUUGAGACAUUAGCAUAGGAAACCUUAGUCACGGCUGUCAUUUAGCCUGACGUUUUCUCGCUGUUAGCCUGCGUGCUAACUCUGAGAAGAGCUAGUCAUGGAUGCUAACCCAGGCCCGGGCCAGGCGAGCCCAGAGAGCCCUAACCGGGCGGUGGAGUACCUCCUGGAGCUGAACAACAUCAUCGAGAGCCAGCAGAAGCUUCUGGAGACGCAGCGGCACCGCAUCGAGGAACUGGAGGUGCAGUUGGACCGGCUCAGCCGGGAGAACAAAGACCUGCGAUUGGACCGCCAGCCCGUUGCUCCACUGCCGCCUGCUCCUCCUCCCCCCGAGCCACCGCUCCCUCCGCCUCCGCCUCCGCAGGCUCACACAGCAUCCGUUUCUACCAGGAACCAUACGCACAUCCACCACAACAGCCAACCGUCCUCCGUCCCGCUGCACCACAGCCACCACGCCACCCCGCAGCCUCCUUCCUCUAUCCCGCUGCACCACGCCACCCCGCAGCCUCCGUCCCCCGCCCAGCUACACCACAGCCACCAUGCCACCCCACAGCCCCUGUCCCCUGCCCCUCUGCACCACAGCCACCAAUACCACCACCACUCCUCCCUGCAUCACUCCUCUAACAGCUCCGCAGCCAUCCCCGCUCCUCCUCCGGCCUCCGUCUCUGUCUCCGUCCCAACACAGAUCCUGACUCCGGCUUCCUCCCCGGCGCCGGCUCCACCCCCUCCUCCUCCAAUCCCGCCCAGAGAUCAGCCGCGCGCCCACAGCCGGCUAACGCGAGCGCCGUCCACCUCCACCAGCACCGGCACCAACACCAACUUUGUGGAGAAAGAGAAGGAGCGGCUGGAGCGCCUACACCGAGCCAACGCCUCCAACAACCACCACGCACACACGCUGCACCACCAGAAACCUGUGGAGGGCGACCCUCAGUGUCCGGAGGCACUAACUUUCUCUGAUUCGUCCUUCGGCCAUCCUCCUCCCUUCCAUCGCUAUAGCAACAGCCCGCUCUGCAGCCCCUGUGACCCGUACAGCUCCGCCCCCCCCAGUGGGCCACACACACAGGGCAGCUCUCCCGUCUCCCCCCCCAGCCCGGCGAGCCUCGCCUGGGCUCAGCGCAGCCGCCACCAGCCGGCCAGCCUGGCGCUCCGAAAGCAAGAGGAGGAGGAGAGCAAACGCUGCAAGGCGCUAUCCGACAGCUAUGAGCUCUCUACGGACCUCCAGGACAAGAAGGUGGAGAUGCUGGAGAGGAAGUACGGCGGGCAGUUUGUGUCCCGGCGGGCGGCGAGGACGAUCCAGACAGCGUUCAGGCAGUACCGCAUGAACAAGAACUUUGAGAGGCUUCGCAGCUCGGCCUCGGAGAGCAGGAUGACCCGCCGCAUCAUCCUAUCCAACAUGAGGAUGCAGUACUCGUUUGAUGAGCGGCAUCCCCAGGGUCAGGGUUCGGCAGGUCAGCUGGGCGCAGACACCGCAGCAGACAUGGACGACUCCUUCUCCAAGCAGGUGAAGUCUUUGGCCGACUCCAUCGACGACUCACUCACAUGCCAGACCGGCCACGAAGACUCGCAGGACGCCGGCGGAGACGGAGAGGAAGACGAAGAGGAUGAGGAGGGAGAUGAAGAGGAGGAAGAGGAGGAGGAGGAUGAGGAGGAAGACGAGGAUGAAGAUUACAGACAGUGUGCAUGGCGAAACACCACCGCUCCCCCCCGCCGCGUGGCGGGCCGGCCGGGUGGCGUGCAUGCCGACAGCACCGCCACUUCCUUCAGCGACGUCACACUCUACAUGGACGACGGCUGCCUCCCCUCCUCUCCGCUGUCCCGCCCACCGUCCUCGCCGCUGUCCCGCCCCACCUCCAGCUCCGACACGGAGUACUGGGGGGGGGGAGGCGGGCGAGCGGUGGGGAGGGAGGACAGCCGGGAGACGGAGGGAGGCAGCGGCGCCGCCAGCCGGAGGAGCAGCACGCCGUGCACCGAGUGUCGGGGGGAGUACAGAGGGAGGGCAGGGGCGGGAGGAGGGGUGGGACACCUCCCCGUCCUGACCAUCGAACCGCCCAGUGACAGCUCCGUGGACAUGAGUGACAGGUCGGAGCGCGGCUCCAUCGGACGGCUGGUGUACGAGCAGGAGGCGCCGGGCGGAGAGCCGGAGAGGAGGGGGGGAGGAGGCGAUGGAGAGAGCGGCGAGGAUGAGCGAGGAGGCGGAGGAGGAGGAGGGAGCAGCGAAGCCGACUCUCCUCAGGGAACCAUCAAACACAAACCAAACGGCCGCUCGGUCGCCACGGCCCAGGGACAGACGCGCAGCCCCGCCAGCGCCCCACUAGCGAUGCCGUCGGCGCGAGCACUGCCGCCACACCCACUGCCUCACCCCCACCCUCAGCCCCACCCGCCGCCCAUCCCCCACCUCCCCACCAUCCUCCAUCACCACCCGCAGUUUAGCACGCCACACGUCCUGCACAUGCACCAUGUCCACACCGGCGGCGCCCCGUACGUUCCGCACCCUCAACACUUCUCCCAGCACCACUACCACCACCUGCACCACCAACCCUUCCCCCACGGUUACCCAGAAGCCCCCUCUUCCCCGCUGCCCUCCCAUGUCCCUCCGCUCACGCCGCUGCCGCCGCCGCUCACGCCCUCGCCACUCUCCUCGUCCUCCUCCAACAUGGAGGCGCCGCACCACCACCCGCUGCUGCACCACCACCUGCUCUGCUCCGACGGAGACAAUGAGAGUGUCAACUCCACCACCACCAACUCCAACGACGACACCACCGUCAACAACUGCAGCUCCGGCUCCUCGUCCCGGGACAGCCUGCGGGAGCCGGCGGGCGGCCCUGCAGCGGGGAAACAGACCUAUCAGAGAGAGAGCCGCCACAGCUGGGACUCCCCCGCCUUCAACAACGACGUGGUGCAGCGCCGGCAGUACCGCAUCGGACUCAACCUCUUCAACAAGAAGCCGGAGAAGGGGAUCCAGUACUUGAUCGAGCGAGGCUUUGUGUCAGACACGCCAGUGGGCAUCGCCAGGUUCAUCCUGGAGAGGAAAGGGCUGAGCCGCCAGAUGAUCGGAGAGUUCCUGGGCAGCCGGUCGCAGUUCAACAAGGACGUCCUUGACUGUGUUCUGGACGAGAUGGAUUUCUCCGGGAUGGAUCUGGACGAUGCUCUGAGGAAGUUCCAGGCUCAGAUUAAAGUUCAGGGUGAAGCUCAGCGGGUGGAGCGGCUGGUGGAAGCCUUCAGUCAGCGGUACUGUGUCUGUAACCCGGUGUUGAUCCGGCAGUUUCAGAAUCCAGACACCAUCUUCAUCCUGGCUUUCGCCAUCAUCCUCCUCAACACGGACAUGUACAGCCCCAAUGUCAAGCCUGAGAGGAAGAUGAAGCUGGAGGACUUCAUCAAGAACCUGCGGGGUCAGUCAUUCAUCUUCUCUUCAGUCAGGCAUUUCUCUAAACCAAUCAGAGUGCUGUCUCUGCCUCACCGCAGGUUGGUGUGCUGCUGUCAGCUGUUCGAGGUUCCCGAUCCGAACCGAGGUCAGCGGAGCGGCGUCCACCAGAGAGAAGUCUUCCUGUUCAACGACCUGCUCAUGGUGACGAAGAUCUUCCAGAAGAAGAAGAGUUCAGUCACGUACAACUUCAGACAAUCGUUUCCUCUGGUGGACAUGCAGGUCCACACCUUCCAGAACACCUACUAUCCCCACGGGAUCCGGCUGACGUCGGCGAACCCCGGCGGAGAGAGGAAGGUGCUGAUCGUCUUCACGGCUCCGAGCCAGCAGGACCGCGCUCGCUUCACGUCUGACCUGCGAGAGAGCAUCGCUGAGGUCCAGGACAUGGAGAAGUACCGCGUCGAGUCCGAGCUGGAGAAGCAGAAAGGUGUGAUGCGUCCAGGGGUGUUGGCGGGGGCAGGACCCGGAGGCGUGGGGACGCCAGGCUCCAACGUCUGCGCCAUGACAGGCGAGGUGGUGAACGGCACUCUGGGUAGGCCGAGCCUCGACGACACGUACGCCUCGGUGGACGGGCUCAAACGCACGGCGCUCAGCUCGUCACUGAGAGACCUCUCAGAAACAGGGAAGCGGGGUCGUAGGAACAGUGUCGGGUCAUUGGACAGUACCAUUGAAGGUUCGAUCAUUAGCAGCCCUCGGCCUCACCAGCAGCGCCCCCUGCUGGCUGCAGCGCUGUCCUACAGCCCCAUGAUGGUCCCCUCCUCUCCAGCAGCCUACCGGCCACACCGCCCUACUCAGAGCCCCGGUACAGGGGUGGGGGGUGGGCCGGGGCUCUGUCACACCCAGGGGGGGGUCGCCACCUCCCCGCUCGUGAGCGGGGGAGGGGCUGGGGGCGGAGGAGGGAUGGCAGGCGGGGGGGGCCCGACUGGCGGCGGCCUGCUGGGGAACUUCUCCGGCGGCACGCGUGGCCGGUCCGGUCCUCUGACCGAUGACGGCGCCCCGACUCCACCGGGUCCGCCCUCGGACUUGGGAGGAGUUGGAGGGGGGCCGUCCAAGCUCCAGGCUCUGCACGCUCAGUAUUGCCACGGCAACAGUGGAGGAGGCGGAGUCAGUGUUACUGGGCACCAGCAGCAGCAGACACCGCCCCCCCCCUACCACCACCACCACCGCUACCACGUGCAGAGCGUCCCGCAGCACCACGCCGCCCUGGCGCACAGGUUCUCUGCGCCGCCACGACGGCAGGGCCCGUCCAGCUGCGCCGCCUCGCAGAGGCUGCAGCACGGCACCGGGCAGCAGCCGCGCUACAACCUGGGCUUCAUCACGCCGCCGCCGCUGUCCCCGCACUCCCCCGUCACCCCACCACUCCCCGCCGGACUCACUACCUCGCACCCAGGCGUCGGGUGGAGGCGCAGGCCGCUGACCAUCUCGCGUCGCAGCCACACCCGCAACUCCACACUCACAACCACGUGCACAACUCCCCUCAGCCCCUCCCCUCCCCCCCUCCACCCACUUCAUCUUCUCCACGCCGCCUCCACAGACGCCCUCGGCGCGCCUCGUCACGCAGACGCCUCCGCAGCCCUACGCGCCGCAGUACCCGCUGAUCUCCUCCAUCCCUCCCCCGCCCCCCCACUCCCCGCUGCCGCCGCCGGCCAACGCCGCGGCCUCCCUGCACCCGGGGGCCGCGGGAGGCCAAGGGGGCAAAUCCAAACCCGUCAGCCGUAUCAGCACGGUCGUGUGAGGAGGCAGAAGCCAAGGACGGCGGUCCGCCACCCGGCAGUGAGCCACCGGGGGGCGACGCUGAGGAGGAGGAGGAGAGGAGGAGGAGGAAAUCAAAAUGGCCGCUUAGUGAGGAAGAGAGCGCUGAGAGCGGGGAAGAGGAAACUACUCAGUCUGUGUUAUUUCCACAUCCACUUCCCCCGCAGGUAG